AUACAGCUGCAAAUUACUCGUCGUGAUGAAAGAGAUUAUCUUAUCUAAGAACUGAACUAGACCUAUCGAGUUGGUAAUUAUAUAGCUGCAGGUUUCGCAUUACACGCAGUCUUAUCGCCAAAAGCGUGGAUAAGUCUUCGUUUAUUUUAUUAUUGUGGUCCGAUGUACCUAUCCUCACUCCUCAGUUGGUUUUUGUGCAAGAUUCGAAGAGUUGAUGUUGAUUGUUGUUAAAACGUUGAUAACGCGUAAUGUAGAUUGCCAUUUUAAAAUCUAGCAUCUUGACGUUUCAUUUUAUCAGAAAAAAAAAUGCAUUUUUUUGAAGUCACAUUCUAAUUAUUUCGCGAUUAAUACUUACCUACGAAUUUCAACCGGUUCGAUGUUCAUGUAACGGUGUCGUGCAACUUCAGACGUCUAGAAGGAGGCGUGUAUAAAUUUACAAGUACCUGACAGAUAAAACCUUUGAUACCUACAACAAUGGAUGAUCCAGCGAUCGGAAUUGACUUAGGAACAACGAACUCGUGUGUUGGUGUUUUCCAGCGUGGAAAAGUUGAAAUUAUCGCCAACGAUCAAGGUGAAAGAACAACGCCGAGUUGCGUCGCCUUCACAGCUGAUAUGGAAAUCUUAAUUGGAAAGACUGCGAUAAAUCAGUCUACCAGAAAUCUACGUAAUACAGUUUUCGAUGUUAAAAGGCUUAUGGGCCGUAAAUUCGAUGAAGAUACGGUUCAGAGCGAUAUGAAGCAGUGGGCUUUCCAGAUCAUUGAUCAUAAAAACAAACCGAAGAUCAAAAUUGAAUUCCAAGACACUACUGAAACGUAUUUCCCCGAAGAGAUAUCCUCGAUGGUGUUACUAAAAAUGAAAGAGACAGCCGAAGCUUACCUAGAAAAAACGGUUAAAAAUGCAGUAAUCACCGUGCCAGCUUAUUUCAACGAUUCCCAAAGAGCAGCUACGAUGGAUGCCGCCACAAUCGCUGGUUUAAACGUAUUACGUAUUAUCAAUGAACCCACCGCAGCAGCCAUCGCUUACGGUCUAGAAAAACAACAUUCCGGCGUACACAAUGUAUUAAUUUUUGAUCUAGGCGGUGGAACUUUCGACGUCUCUAUUUUAACACUCUAUAAUGGUACUUUUGAAGUGAUUUCAACUGCCGGAGAUACUCACUUGGGUGGCGAAGAUUUUGAUAACAGAAUGGUCGAUUAUUUCAUCGAAGAAUUCAAACGUAAACACAACGAAGACCUGAGAAAAAACGAGAGAGCCUUACGCCGUUUACGAACUGCCUGCGAGGCAGCAAAGAGAACUUUAUCGUCGGCCAAUGUAGCCGAUAUUGAAAUCGAGGCUCUUGGUAUUGAUUUCUACACGUCGAUCACUCGUGCUCGUUUUGAAGAAUUGAACGCCGAUUACUUUCAGAAAGCAAUGGAAUUGGUAGUAAAAGCGAUUAAGGAUGCUAAAAUGGAUAAAGAUAAAAUUCAUCACAUCGUUUUAGUUGGUGGCUCGUCUCGUAUCCCGAAGAUUCAGAAAAUGUUGCAAGAUUUCUUCGAUGGGAAAGAAUUGAAUAAAUCUAUCAAUCCGGACGAAGCUGUAGCCUACGGAGCUGCUGUACAAGCUGCCAUACUAAGCGGCGAUGAAUCAAAGAUGGUGCAAGAUGUGGUGUUAUUCGAUGUUACGCCGUUGUCGUUAGGUAUCGAUGCUGAUUAUGGUCGUAUGAUUGUGAUCAUUGAACGUAACACGCCCAUUCCAACGAGAAAAACAAUAAAAAAUUUCUCCACGCUCACGAAUAACCAGACAUUUAUCAAUUUCAAAGUAUUCGAAGGAGAAUACUCAUUGUCGAAGAAAAAUCAUUUGCUCGACAAGUUCACGCUUACUGGUAUCCCUCCAGCACCUGCGGGUAAACCUAAAGUGGACGUAACCUUCGAAAUCGAUGCCAAUGGUAUCUUAAAGGUAACCGCCGUUGAAAAAUCGACCGGUAGCACGAAUCAAAUGACCAUAAAAUGUGAUAGAAAUCGUCUCAGCAAGGAUGAAAUUGAACGUAUGAUCAAUGAUGCUGAAGAUUAUAGAGCCAAAACUAGAAAACGAAAAGCUGCGCUAGAUGCCAAAAAGUCUUUGGAAUCAUACUGUGAGAAUGUAACGAGCAUCGUGAAUAAUGAAAAAUUGAUCAAUAAAAUUGAUCAAUUCGAUAGAGACACGAUUCUCAAAAAAUGUCAAGAAACAAUUGCCUGGUUGGAUUCUGAUCAGUUGACUGAAGAAGAGCUGUAUGCGAGUAAAGAAGAAGAAUUACGCAUAUUUGAUAUAAUAAUUUCGAUAGCUGAGUUCCCUCAUAAAAAAAACGACAAAUACUACGAAAUGUUGAAAGUGUCAAAAGAGGCUUCCGAAGAUGAGAUCAAAAAUGCCUUCAGGGAAAUAGCCUCCAAAUUUCAUCCUGACAAGUAUCAAGGAGACAAGGAAAUUGGAUUUAUUUAUUGGCUUACCUUUAUGAAAGCCAAAGAGGGUCUCAUUAAUUCAAGUAGUCAACGGAAUAUAUGGUAGCAACUCCAGCGCUUGAAAGUAGAUCUCAAACUCGAAGAUAACUCGUAAUUUAUUUCCAUAUUUCAAUAGCGGCGCUGGUUUUGAUUUAUUCUUGGCGGUAUGUCUGCGGUUGAAUCGAUGAUAUCUGUGAUUUAUAAUUUAGAAUAUUCUUUUUUGAGUAAUGUAGGUACCUACAUUAUUUAACGAUACUCAUUUUUAUUUUAAGUAUGCGUAAGACGCGUAUUUUUUCAACUUCUCAUAUUGAUUUUCUUUUCAAAAAAAGAUACCUAGAGGAUAGAUGAUUAUUAUUAUGAAUGAAAUGUUGACGUGCUAAAAUCAUGUUAUGUUAUAUUGUACGACUUACCAAUAGUACGUAUUUGUUCAGUUUACAACUGCAUUAACAUGCAUAAUUCAAAAGUUUUAUCUUAUAUGUACUUAUCUAUGCAUAUGUUUAUGUUGAGAAAAAGUUGCUGAAUUUACGCCUUAUUGAUGAACUGGUA